AUGCAACAAGAAGAAUUAAUUCUGAUUGAUAAAUUAGAAGAUCAAAUCAUUGAUCAUCCUGAUGCUUCUACUAAAAAAGAUCUUCAUGAAUCACUUGAUGAAACAUUUCAAAAAAAAUUAAACGCCAGAGCUCAACAAAUUAAAUCAACCAACAACAACAACAACAACAACAACAACAACAAUAACAAUAACAACAACAACAACAAUUAUCAACAGUCAAAAGGUCAACAUAGAAAUUUAAAUCAAGAUUCUCCUUCAAAUAUAAAUUAUCAAUUUCUUAUAACUAAAUCACAUUUAAAUUAUACUUAUUCUGAUUAUAAUCUCUUACAACAAGAAAUUUGUGAAUGGUUUUCAAUAAAUGAUUUUAAAUCCCUUGGUGGAUUAAAUAAUCUUACUAUAAAUUAUGCUCAGGAAACUGACAAGGUAACUAGUAUACAUGAAUUGAUAAACAAUUUACUACCCAGUAAAAGAAUUGAUGAAAUAUCUACUAAUACAUUGAAAGCAAUAUUAUAUUAUAGUUUUGGUGAAUAUGGUAAUAAACAAUCUAUUUCGGAUCAAUUAGAAAGUAUUAAACAAAAUAAUAUCCAACUCAUACAUAAUAAAUUAUAUCAACCAUUAAUUAAAAUGAUUCAAAAUUUCUUUAUUGAUAGAAUAUCAUAUGAUAAAACUAAUCACUUGAAUUCAAAAUCAUCUACAUUAUCAAUAAAACAACAAGAAUCAAUUUAUUUUACUAUACUCACAUUAUUAUAUUUUAUGAUUAAUGUUUACAUAUCACUUGAUGAUCACGAAAGUACUAUAGGUGAGUUUAAAAAGUAUUUGGCUGAAACAGAUUUUUUAACUUCAUUAUUAACAUUUAUUGAACAUUGGAAAUGGUAUCCCAAUAAUUGUUAUCGUAUAAGAUAUUUAAUAUUAAUGGUUAAUAAACUUGUAUUAUUGGAAUUGGGUGAUUCAAAUCAUAUGAAACAAUGUGAUGAAUUUUUAGUAAAAUUACAUCAUGUUAAAAAUAAACCAACAAAAGAAUCACUGGAUUCAAAUUUAACUUGUUCACCAUUAGAUUAUUUUGUUUUCCGACAAGAUUUACUUGAUAAAUAUCCACUUUAUGAUGAAACGGAAUUAAAACCAUAUGAUUUCCAUAAUUUAAAGAAAUCCUUGGUGCUGGAUGAUAAUGAUAAUACUGACAGUGAUACAUCAAGUAUUCAUAGUCAUUCUAGUACUAUUGAAGGGAAAUAUAAAUACUUUAUGGCAUUACAUAAUUCAUCCAAUUCACUUUCUAAUUUGAUUGAAACCCCCAAGACUAAUAAAUCUCAUACCAUUUAUGGUCAAUUACCUACUCAAACAGUUCAUUUAGCUACUCCAGUACCUUCACCAACUUUAGCAGCAUCAGAUUAUAUGUCUGGAGGAGAGAAAAUUCGUAAAUCAUAUCAAGUCAAUCAAGCCAUGCCGAUGAUUUAUCCUAACAACAACAACAACAAACUUGAUAAUCUACCAUUACCUAUAAGAGAAGCCGAUGAAAUAUUGAAAAAAUCUAUAUAUGAAAGUUACUCUAUAAAAAGAUUAUGGAAUGAACGAGAUUAUUUUAUAAAACAAGAACGUGGAUUUGCUGAUGGAUAUAAUAAACCUAAUAAAAAUGAUAUUGAUGAAUUUGAUUAUAAUUUCAAUGAAUUGAGACAAAAAUAUCCCACAAAAGCUCUGGUGAUUGAUACACUUGAAAGAAUUGAGAAUUUAUAUUUACAAAAUUUAUGUCGAUUGAAUACUAUAGUUGAAGUUUUUAUGGAAACUAUUAAAGUGAAUCGAUUAGAUUAUAAUUUAAAUUUUGCUGAAUUGGAAUUAAAUCAAAAACCCAAUUCUUCUCAUCGUGAUGAAGCAAUUCAAAAGAAAAUUGAAAUGGUAUUAAUACUGCAAUUGGAAGUUAAUAAUGCUAAAGAAUUAACUUUAAAAGCCACAUCAAGUUUAAUUUUAAAUUUAUUGAAAUGGUUUAAAAUAAGUCAUAUUUUGAAAUCAUAUUAUUUUUCUUCAUUAUUAUUUGAUCAACAAUUUUUUGCUGUAUCAUUGGAAUAUCUUAGUCGUUGUUUUAAUAAUGCUAAUUUACAAAGUAUGACCAAACAAAAGAAAGAUGAAUUAACUGAAUAUGAAAUACUAAUUAAUCAAAAUAAAUUAAUGAACCCUAAAAUAUCUUUACCUAAUGGGGAUUUUUUCAACAAUUGUUUAUCAAAUACCAACAACCUGGGAACUAAGUAUACUUUUAAUUUUAUCAACAAAACUUUUAUACUGUCAUUACCAGAUAAACUUGAUUCCAAUAAUAUUAAACAUGUUUAUAUUAAUACUUUUAAUGAUAAUUUUGCCCAUAUAUUAAGUAAUAUGUUAAAUAUUACUAACAAGAUAUUAAUUAAAAAUCAAUCACAAAGGAUAUUUACUUUUAAUGAUUUAAAACCUUCAGAAUUAUAUAAAAUGAUCUUAAUUAAUUAUGAUUGUCAACCAUUUAAUAAACCAAUUUUGAAAACUUUGAAAAAAUUGAUUCCGUAUCAAGGUAGGAAAUGGAAAUCUUCUAAUAUGGAUUUAAUAAGUCAAAUUUAUUUAAAUUUAAAAUUAUCAAUGAAAGAUAAUUGGUUAAGUGGUAAAGAUUUAGAAAGUGAUUUUAAUAAUUCUUAUGAUCAAGAAAUAGCUUUAAGAGGUUUAUUACAAUUUUAUAAUAUGAGAAAUUAUCCUUUACAAAUGAAUAAAAUUGGUUAUAGAAUUAAUCAUGAUAUAAUGAAUAUUCCUCAAUUAGAUUUAAAUGAAAUGAAUAGAAUUGAUUAUGACGAAGAUGAAGAUUAUUAUGAUGGUAAUUAUAAUGAUAAUGAGAAUGAGAAUGACAAUGACAAUGACAAUGACAAUGAUGCCAAUGCUAAUGCUAAUGAUACCAAUACUAAUGAUACUAAUGAUACUAAUAGUAAUGAUAAUGGUACUGAAGAUGGUGAAUUGAUUUAA